GCAAAGAAACUGCCUUCCUAUGCCACCAUUCUGGAUCCGGUAGAUACAUGUGACGUAAAACUAAGGCGCCACUUUCAUGAAAAUAUCAGUAAUCAUAAGUUAGCAGCUGAGUUUUAACAAUGGUGUUUGGUUUGUGAAUGUGGAUUAUUUGAUGUGCAAUUGCAAGUACUUCAUUUUAACGGCAUUUCACCUGGCGGCGAAUUGAUAGUAAAGAUGAUGGAAGAUUUCUCUGGCCUUGCCCUCCCUCCUCUCUUUGGUGGACACAUACUGGAAGCAGAGCUGGAGCCAGGGGGAGUGGAGCUGGGGCCGGGGGAAGUUGAGCUGGGGCCAGGAGGGACUGAACUGCUGGACAGUGGAGGGCAGGGGUCAAGGCUUGGACCAGAAGAGGAGCAAGAGAGGAGAGAGCAAGAAAAACAAAAGUACCUGGCAUUGAGCAGGAGAUGUAAAGAAAUUGAACAAGUAAAUGAGCGAAUACUUGGGCGCCUUCACCAGGUUCAAAGACUUACACGACGCUUGAAGAAAGAAAGAAGGUUUCUGAUGAAGACUCUUAACUCGUAUGGAGAUGACUAUAGAAGUGCCCAACUCACGAUACUUCUUGAGGAUGACGGUGGAGCUCAUUUGGACUCUUUUCCGGGUGGGGAGGAGGAUAGGCCGAAUGGCCUUCCUGGAUCCUCCCCCUCUGUUCUCCUCCAAUCAGCAGUUGGAACAAAAAAGAAGCGGCAUCGAAUUCCCAAGGAGAGGGAGAGAGAUGCCCAGACUGAGGAAGAGUUGUCCAUGUUGACUGAUGCCCAAUUCAGCGGAUUUCCCAGCCCACCCUCUCUCCCUCACUGAUCAAACCCAGGGAAAACAAGACCUCAUACGAGGCAAUACCCGUUGUGUGUCCACCUUGUGGUAACUCCUAACCGUGUAUUGCUGAAUUAUUGUUUUGAUGGAUGUUGAUAUCUCUGAAUUUUUGGGGUGAUUUGCAUACAGAUCGAAUCCAGUAGUUGGAAAUAUCUCCUGUCCUAAUGAAAAUGGUUCUGCCUGGAGUGUUUCCAUGAAGAAUUGUUUUGGAUUACCGUGUACAUACUGUAACCACAAAGACACAGACAGCAGCUACACAUUUUGUACUAUAAAUGUAUUUUCUAAUUUUGUAUUGAAUAGUUGUUGCUGUGUUGUUCAUUAGAUAUAAUUGUGUAACAAUAAUUAAAUGUGUUGAAAUUCUUGUGCUA